AUGAAUCUCUUCAUCACUAUCACCAUAAUUGUAUUCAUCUUUUUCCCCAACAAUGCAGUUUCGUCCCACUGCAACACCCAAACUCCAACAAAAACCUUCCAAAAAUGUAUGACACUCCCAUCCCAACAAGCUUCCAUAGCCUGGACCUUCCACCCCCACAACGCCACUCUUGACCUCGUCUUCUUCGGCAACUUCAUCUCUCCCUCCGGUUGGGUCGGCUGGGGCAUCAACCCCGCCUCCUCUGAGAUGACGGGAACCCGAGCUCUCAUUGCCUUUCCCGAUCCGAAUUCCGGCCAGAUCGUCCUACUUCCUUACGUAAUCGACCCAACUGUUAAGCUCCAGCGCACCCCACUCCUCUCUCGCCCUCUCGACAUCCACCUCCUCUCUUCAUCCGCCACCCUCUACGGCGGAAAAUUGGCUACCGUUCACUCCGGUGCCGCCGUCCAGAUCUUCGCCACCCUCAAGCUCGCUCCGAAUCGGACUCGGAUUCAUCACGUCUGGAACCGAGGCCUCUACGUCCAGGGCUACUCCCCGACGAUCCACCCAACCAACGCUGAUGACCUCUCUUCCACCGCCACCAUCGACGUCGAAUCCGGAUCCACUGCCGGAGGCCAGCGAAACGGCGUCGUCGUAACCUUAAGGACAUUCCACGGCAUCAUUAAUGCCAUCGCCUGGGGUAUCUUACUCCCGACCGGCGCCGUGACAGCGCGGUACUUGAGACACAUACAGUCAAUCGGGCCAACCUGGUUCUACGUCCACAUGGGGAUUCAGCUCUCGGGGUUCGUGCUCGGAACGGUGGGAUUUGCCGUGGGGAUACGGCUAGGCGAUCUCUCACCAGGAGUCCAGUACGGGCUUCACCGGAAGCUGGGGUUCGCGGCGUUCUUACUGGGAGCGCUUCAGACAUUGGCUCUGCUGUUUCGUCCAAAAACGACAAACAAAUUCAGGAAGUAUUGGAAGUCGUAUCACCACUUUGUUGGGUACGCGUGUGUCGUUUUGGGAGUGAUCAACGUUUUCCAAGGGUUUGAAGUAAUGGGUCAAGGGAGGUCGUACGCUAAGCUGGGGUACUGCCUGUGUUUGGCUACGUUGAUCGGCGCUUGUAUAUCUCUUGAGGUCAAUUCUUGGGUGGUGUUUUGCAGGAAAGCUAAAGAGGAGAAGAUGAGGAGGGAAGGUUUAAUUGGGGGAUCCGAUAAGGGGAGUGGGAUCCAUAAUUGACUCAAUUAAAGUUGCUAUUUUUUUUAAGGAUAUUGUAGUGUUUUUUUUUGGUAAAGGAAUCUAUAUAUAUAGGACUUGAGAAGUUUGUGUAAUAUUUUUCUUUUUCGGGGGUGAUUUUAACAAGCAAACUGCAGCUAAGGAUAUAUAAGUACAUUCUGUUACAAUGUUAUUCUUAAUAAGUCAAUAUUGGUUAAUGUUUACCAUUU